GCGUCACAGCGGACAACAUCAUGAUGGAGGUGGGCGCCCCGUCAGCAGAGGAGACCCAGGCUGCAGGUGCAGUUUUGGGCCGGGUCCUGUACCACGCCGUGCGAGGUGGCUGUUUUGUGAGUCGCUUUCUCCCUGAGGAGAGCUUCUUCCUGGACUACAUCAUUCACGAAAUUGGUUCUGACAAUUUCACCGUCACGGACUUGGAAGCUGUAAUGAGGACUCUAGAACUUGGGGGGGCGUUGAAGAAAGAGAGCAAUUACCGGCACUCAAACAACACCUGGGAUCAGGUAAACAUGUCAAUAAAGAUCACCGGACAACAACUCGUUUUUUCAUACGUCUUCUCCUUUUCCCAGCAUUGUUUUUCUGCACACGAGCUGGUGCUGAUCCACGGCCUGGAAAGACCCGACGGGGUGCUUGGUCGGUCUGACUUGGUCCGUCUUAGCCCGGCGCUGGUCCAGCAGGUCCUGAGUGGGGCUUGUCAUGCCACACAGCCGCCUAAAAAGGAACACAACCAGCUCAGCACAACAGAGAGAUACAUUUACGCAACCCUCGCCAACGUCGUCAUCACGCUCAUGUCCAUGUUUGGCAUCGUGUUGCUGCUUUGUACGUCAUCCACCAGCAUCUUCCAGAUGUGUAUCCAGUUUUGCAUCAGCCUGGCAGUGGGUUCUCUCACUGGAGACGCCUUGCUGCACCUGCUGCCAAUGUUCCUAGGCCUCCACGUGCACUCUGAUGACGUAGGCGCCCGGCUGCACACGCCACGGCACAAUCCGCACGGUGACGGCGGUGCGGCGGUGUCCGACUACGUGUACAAGAUGUUGGUGUUGAUGGGCGGGAUCUACUACUUCUACCUGAUGGAGACGCUCUUCUCGCUGUUCAUGCACAGACAUAACCACCACGUGGUUGCCUCGGAGCCUCACCACUGUGACCACGGCAGAGUUUUAGAAAUGUAUCAACAGGACAAGAAACAAAAAGAUAAAUUACAUUCUGCAUCAAAAACUGAGCUGGUAAGAUAUAUUGUCAAUUCUGUCCAGAUCAUUGACCCAUUUUGUCUUUGUCGCCGAGCAGAUCAGCGCCUGCUGCCUUACUUGAUCACUUUAGGCGACGCCAUCCAUAACUUUGCUGACGGUUUGGCCAUGGGCGCUGCUUUCUCCCUGUCGUGGAGGUCGGGUCUGGCCACGUCCCUGGCCGUCCUUUGCCACGAGCUGCCUCACGAGCUGGGAGAUUUUGCCAUCUUGCUGCACAGCGGCAUGUCGGUGCGGCGGGCGCUGCUCUUCAACGUGGGCAGUGCCAUGUCCUCCUUUGUGGGCCUCUACAUCGCCCUGUCUGUGGCCACCGACCUAGCCACCAAGCAGUGGAUAGCUGCCAUCACUGCAGGCCUCUUUCUCUACGUGGGCCUGGCUGACAUGUUGCCCACAAUGGUGCACAUUAACUCCAAGAGGCCGUGGAGGAUUUUUGCAGUGCAGAACGUCGGCCUCCUGAGCGGCUGGGCAAUCCUCUUGGUGCUGACGCUUUUCGAGGAGAAGAUUCACUUUUAAUGUCACUGUGUGUUUGUGAGGUUAGUGUAAUGCUAAAGUCCAUUAGAUUUGUUAUGAGGGACAUAUUCAUUAUUAUUAAAUCAGGGGUGUCCAAAGUGUACCAUAGAUAGUUUUUAUUGGCCCACGACAAUUAAAUUAAACAAAUUAACUUCAAACGCAGUCUGCAUCAGGAUGAAGGAUGAUACAAGACACGUUGAAAAGAAAAAGAGUGUUUGCCAUGUUAGAAUGUAAAAAAUAUUGGCCUGGUUAUUCAACAAAAAUUGGAAUAAAACUGCUUGUGUUUUUUAUGUUUUUGUGCGUCCCGAGUGGUAAAUUCAAAUAAAAAUAUG